CGGCUCGCGGUCGCGGACAGUACGAGUGGCCGGUGGAAUUCCGUUUCUUUUUUUUCUUUCGUUGCGUGAACCAAACUUCCGAACAAGUUUGUUUCUGUGAAAGUGAUGUGGGAAUGACAGUCUGAGGAAUUGAAACAGUUGCUAUUUGGUUUCUGCCGCUGAAUGUGAAGUUGGUAUACGCUUGUUCGUUGCGGAAAAGGAUGGAAAGUUUAGUUAGUGUUUAAGUGACGGAACAAAAUAAUAGUUUAGUUGCUGUUCAAGAGUUUUCUCUCGAAGAUAGCCCUGACUGGAAAACGCUUUUGUACGCGAAAUACGUCACGUGUGUUACAGGUUGUGCUCAAAAGUAAUAUAUUAAUUAUCGUAUAUCGUAAUAUAGUAAUUAUCGUACGUAUCGUGUAUCAUUACAUCGACAUGACAAAUUUUCUCAGUUUAAAUGUAUUAUUAGAGGAGUUAAAAAGGAAAUAAGAAUGAAAUAUUUCUGUGGUGACUACUCAAAGAUCAACGCUGUAGAUGAAAGCGAAACGAGCGUUGUAAUCUCCUGAACUUCAUCUCCUCUUUGGUGUAUAUUCUUGUGAAACGUACUUUGGUACCGAUGUAGCGGCUAUAUUAACUACUUCACAGAAGAGUUGGUUGUGAAACUACUGAAUGUGAAAUUACAUGUGUUCGUCUUGUUGUUAUAACGGUGUUUGUCAAAAGUGGUUAAAAAAUUCUCAGAAAUGUAUUUUUCUUUUAACAUAAAUUUGUGACAGCCAAACAAUAUAUUCGUGUUGAAUGAUUUGUGCAAACUAAUAGGGUAUUACCACUAUAUGAUAGUUUAUAAAGAAAUUUCUGAAACGGUCUGUAUCUUGUGUUAUUCAAUGUGAUAUACAAAUAUUCGAAUUCGUCGAUGACACGAAUACGUCAUUGAAGAUGUUUAAUUUGUAUCCAAUUUCGACUUCAACCUGAUCACAUUACACUAGAAGUUUUCCACAUCAAAAUAAUAAAGUGUGACAAUAGUUUCGUCAUGGAAAUUACUCAGUUUUUAAUUAAAGUGGACCUCUCGAAACCGUUUGAGAUAUCAACAGACGGCGAUGAACUGCCUUUAACGUGAACCUCAACAUUGUGCAAAACAAAAUCAACACCUCAACCGCAGAAGCAAACAGCCUGCCCUUCGUAGCGUGAAUUUUCAUCAGUUCAGUUCGGCCAAGCGUCGGGAAGCGAACGGAUUGCAAGCGGGGCCAGCGGAGCGUGUGCGCGGGCAGCCCCAGGGGACGGAAGCCGAGGGGUCGUGGGGUGCGCUGAGCGAAGAGGUUGCGUGGUGUUUGUGGGGGCUUCACGCGCUAUGCCCGCCGCCCGCCCCGCGCGGGUGGCGGCGGCCCUCGCUGUCGCCUCGCUGUGGCUGUGGGUGCCUGCCUCCGCCACGGCCGCCGUCCCCGCAGCCGCCUACUCGGACGGGCCCGUCGCCACCUCCCCCGCCCCGUCCGUCACGCCGCCGUCGCCGCCGCAAGUGAUGCUCGACGAGACAGAAGUAUCAACCAGGUACCAACCAACAAAACGAUACUAA